GAUAAAUAAUAAUAAUAAUGUUUCGGUUGCAACAGAGAAAAGGACCCACCAAAACACAAUGAAUUAGAGCCUCAAAGAGUUGCAAGUACAUUCAGAUUUCAACUUUAUAAUAACUCCAUAAAACAAAACCAUUUUACUUGUUUUGAGAUUUGUUUAGCUUCUUGAGUUCAUUCUCAGCCAUGACUAAUACUCAUGAUAGUAUCACUAAUGUUGACAUAAACAGUCUCAGUGAUGAAGGUUCUGUCAAGCAUUUCUCUGCUAACUGGCCAAUGUCAGAGACCCCUGGUGCAGCUAAAUUUGCCAUCCUGUAUAAUGGAAGUAUGUGUGUCUAUGAAGGAAUUCCUGCAGAAAAGAUGCAUGAAAUAAUGUUGAUGGCUGCUACCAAUGCCAAGUCUUCUGAAAUGAAGAGUGGAAUUUCCUUCACUUCUCUCUUUUCCACUACUAACAACCCUCCUUCUCCUCAAGGUACCUCUGACAAUUUGCCUUCUCCUCAAUCAGUCUGUUUUCCUGCUGCUGAGAAGACUUCCAUUUGCAGGAUGCAAGAAUUUCCAAUAGCACGCAGACAGUCACUUCAAAGUUUUCUUGAGAAGAGAAGAAUGAGGGUACGUAGCAAAGCACCUUAUACCUCUUCAACAUCAAAAGAAGCUAACAACAUCGAAAACAACUUCAACCCAACAUUGAUGCCACUUGAGGGCAAGUAGUGUUGGUGUCAGUCAAGUGGUAUGUCUCCAAUUGCAUGUGCAUAUUCAUGUACAAGCAAUGAAACUUAAUAUUGUAUAAUUAUGUUAUAUUCUCCACACCAUAUUAUAUAUGUCUAAUUAAUAAUUAUUAUUGUUGAAGCUUAAUGUGUAACUGUUAAUGUCUAGCAAAUAUUAUCCAUUAUCAUGCUAAGAACUCAGAACACUAGCUACCUGCAUUUUAAGUUGUUAUUAAUGUGUCUGUAUGUACAAUUGAUUAUCAAUUAUGUAUUUCCUUUGUAUUUUGGAUGUUUAA